UGAAUAAAUUAUUAGAGAUACAACCCAAAUGAUAUGUUGAUAUAUAUGAUGUGGAAUUUCAUAGAAAAUUCAAGCCAGAACUAAGUUCAUCCAUUCUCAGCCUCAAGGUGCCCAAAUUUUCCCUCUUAUCUACUACUUGGACAAAACAUGGCCCCACCUUAGCAUAUAUGAAUAUUUACAUUUAUUUAUAUAGUUUUAUAUAACAAACUUCUGCUCAGAGCAGAGUGCACUGGCACCACAGCUCUUCCUUCUGCUAUAUUUCACCAAACUAUAUCAAAAUUCUCCUUGGUGGUGGUUUCUUUGGUGUGAAAAAAGUCCAACAACUUGCUUGAAUUUCAAAGAGGUUGUUGAAAUUUCAAGCAAGUGAAGAUGGAUUAUGUCAAUGGACCAGGAAGGAACCAUCUGUUUGUUCCAGGACCAGUUAACAUACCUGAUCAGGUCAUUCGUGCGAUGAGCCGGAACAACGAGGACUAUCGCUCUCCUGCGAUUCCAGCUCUCACAAAAACUCUACUUGAGGAUGUCAAGAAGAUUUUCAAGACUACUAGUGGAACACCAUUUCUUUUCCCUACAAGGGACUGGUGCUUGGGAGAGUGCUCUGACAAACACAUUGUCGCCCGGAGAUCGUACUGUAUCGUUCUUGAUUGGCCAAUUCAGUUUGCUUUGGAUUGAUCAGCAGCAACGCCUUAAAUUCAAUGUUGAUGUUGUCGAAAGUGAAUGGGGAAAAGGUGCCAAUCUUGACAUUCUGGAAUCAAAACUUGCUUCUGAUUCUGCACACACUAUAAAGGCUAUUUGCAUUGUUCAUAAUGAGACAGCAACUGGUGUCACGAAUAACUUGGCCAAAGUGAGACAGAUUCUUGAUGCCUACCAGCAUCCAGCCCUCCUCCUUGUUGAUGGCGUGUCAUCCAUUUGUGCGCUUGAUUUCCGUAUGGACGAAUGGGGAGUAGAUGUGGCCAUAACUGGUUCUCAAAAAGCUNUUUCCCUUCCAACUGGGAUAGGAAUUGUUGUUGCAAGCCCUAAAGCUAUUGAGGCUUCAAAAUCUGCUAAAUCACUUAGAGUUUUCUUUGAUUGGAGUGACUACCUCAAAUUCUACAAGUUGGGUACCUAUUGGCCGUACACUCCUUCCAUUCAGCUUCUCUAUGGUCUCAGAGCUGCUCUUGAUCUCAUUUUUGAGGAAGGACUUGAUAAUGUAAUUGCAAGGCACAGUCGUCUGGGUAAAGCAACCAGACUUGCUGUGGAGGCAUGGGGUUUGAAGAAUUGCACUCAAAGUGAAGAGUGGUACAGUGACACAGUGACUGCUGUUGUCGUUCCUCCUUACAUUGAUAGUGCUGAAAUUGUUAGAAGGGCAUGGAAGAGAUACAAUUUGAGCUUAGGUUUGGGACUAAACAAAGUUGCUGGCAAGGUUUUCAGAAUUGGCCAUCUUGGCAACCUCAAUGAGUUGCAACUCUUGGGAUGUCUUGCUGGUGUGGAGAUGAUACUGAAAGAUGUGGGUUACCCAAUAAAGUAUGGAAGUGGAGUUGCUGCUGCCAGUGCAUAUUUACAGAACAAUAUUCCUCUCAUCCCUUCAAGGAUUUGAGUUACAGGCCAUUCUUGUAAUUAUUUCUCUUUCUGCUCUUUCAAGAUAUCUGUAAAAUACAUAUGUAUUAUUAUUAUUAUUAUUAUUCCCUUUUGCACUCUUUUUAAGAUGAACACAUUUUCCAUAUUUAGUUUUAAUGGUAUUGUUUCUCAUUGUCCUGUA